AAGUCACCUCGUGGCGAAGUAGGGAAAGAGGUAACACCGAAAAGAGACAACGGCGGCGGCGCCAAGACGAUUGGUGCCAAACAGGGCAGAAAGCAACUUAGCUUUGGGGUGGGUCCCGGUCCAGAGGGUUGGAGAAGAAUGGCUGAGGGCGCACCCUGGUCUCAGCGGGAAGAGAUGCUACCCCGAGGACGAGCUAGCCACAGGACCGGAUGGCAAGUGGCCGUAACCAGUAGGUGAGACCGAUUGGGCUCUGGGGCUUCAGUACUUGACACUACCAGCACGGCUACGUCUCCAGCCAGCCAAGGAUGAGAGGAUGCAGAAAUAAUAUUUGUGUUGUUUUAAAAAUCUUAAGUGAAUUAAAAAGAAAAGUGACUCAUUCUUUGUUUGUGAGUAGCAUAAUGGAAGAAGCUGGAAUUUGUGGGCUAAGAGAGAAAGCGGAUAUGUUGUGUAACUCUGAAUCAAAUGAUAUUCUUCAACAUCAAGACUCAAAUUACAGUGCCACAAAUAAUAAGCAUUUGUUAGAAGAUAGAGAAGGCAGUGACUUUAUAACAAAGAACAGGAGUUGGGUGAGCCCAGUGUCAAGAAAUGAGCUUCCUGCACAAGAAGUAACCCCUCCCCGUGGUCAACAAGAUUUACAAUGCAACAGGAACAAAGAAAAAGUCUUAGGAAAAGAAGUGUUAUUACUGAUGCAAGCCCUAAACACUCUUUCGACUCCAGAGGAGAAGUUGGCAGCUCUCUGUAAGAAAUGUGCUGAUCUUCUGGAGGAAAGCAGGAAUGUUCAGAGACAAAUGAAGAUUCUGCAGAAUAAGCAAGCUCAGAUUGUGAAAGAGAAAGUUCACUUGCAGAGUGAACACAGCAAGACCAUCUUGGCAAGAAGCAAGCUAGAGUCUCUUUGCAGGGAACUUCAGCGUCAAAAUAAGACAUUAAAGGAAGAAUAUAUGCAGCAGAAAAAAGAGGAGGAAGAAGGUCUUAAGGAAGUAACUGCACAUUUCCAAAUUACUUUAACUGAAAUUCAAGCCCAGCUGGAACAGCACGAAAUACACAAUGCCAAAGUGCAGCAGGAGAACGUGGAAAUGGAAGAGAAACUAAAGAAGCUCACUGACCAAUAUGCACUGAGGGAAGAGCAAAUUAAUAAAGCGUUCAAACAUAAGGAAUUACAACAACAGCUUGUAGAUGCCAGACUUCAACAAACAGCACAGCUGAUAAAAGAAGCUGAUGAAAGACAUCAGAGAGAGAGAGAGUUUUUGUUAAAAGAAGCAACAGAAUCGAGGCACAAAUAUGAAAAAAUGAAGCAAGAAGAAGCACAACUGAAAGAGCGGCUUUUCCUUUAUAUGGAUAAGUUUGAAGAAUUCCAGACUACCAUGGCAAAAACCAAUGAACUUUUUACAGCCUUCAAGCAGGAAACGGAAAAGCUGACAAAGAGAAUUAAAAAACUGGAAAAAGAAAUGGUAAUAUGGUGUACCAAAUGGGAAAAUAAUAAUAAAAUACUUCUGCAAAUGGCUGAAGAGAAAACUAUUCGUGAUAGAAAUUGUAAGGUUUUUCAAAUAAAAUUGGAGCGAUUAGAGAAGCUGUACAAAGCUCUUCAAAUGGAAAGGAAUGAACUCAGUGAGAAAGUGGAAGUUCUGAAAGGGCAGGCCUCUGUGAAAGUAGCAGAUGCAGAUUUAGCAGUGCCUGUAAUGCAUUCCUGUGCUGACCUGGAUUCUUCCAAUAUGCUGAACACUUCCUCUAAAAGAGUGCCAGGAGUCCACUUGGAGGCUGACCCCAAAGGAAUGAAUGAAGCGAAAUGCUACUCAAAAGGCCCUCUUCACGGGAUCUCUAGGCAUUGAUUAAGAUGAAGUAUGAUCAUUGUACUGAUGGAUAUAUUUUGUGUACAUAUUUCUCUUUUAGUUGUAACUAUUGGUUUUGUAUGAAAAUUUCCUCUACUUUUUCUACCAUAUCUGUAGUUUUUUAGAACCACUGGACUGUGUGGUACAGAAAGCUUCUUACCAAUUUCCCCAACUAUGUUGCACAUCUGCCUUAUUUUCCCCCUUUAUUGGAACGCAUGUUUCCAUUGCCUUGUACUUUCAAAAUGUAUGUUUGUGUAUUCAUUACCUUAAUUUGAGACUUUUUUAUAAUCGUUUCCUAGUGUGAAAUCAAAUACCAUUUUAAACUCUGGAGCCCAUAAUACAUAUGUAAAAGAAAAUAUGAACUGAUUAAUAUUGUCACAUCAUUUAAAUGACAAAUAAAACUCCAAUGGAUUAAGGAACAAACAUGGCAUAUUUGAUUCAGAUCAGUUUUUUAACAAUAUUUAUAUGAAUUGCCAAAUUGAUGUGACUGUAAACCUUGAAUUCCUCAAAAUUGGCAGAAUAUAUUUUAUAUAUAUAUAUAUAUAUAUCAUUUAAAUGUACAUGAUGUUAAGAAAAACCAAAACAGUAGCAUAUGCAGAAGUUAUUAGACCAAUAGGCUUAAUGUUUAUGAAACUGAAAAUUGUUCUGCUUUAUUUCAGGUUACAAUUAUGUUUAAAGUAAAAAAAAAAAAAAAUCAAUAUCUAGAUGUCUGCACUUGGCAUGGAAAAUUCUGAACUCUUUAUUCCUUAAUUUUUCUUUUAUUUCAGUUUCUCAUAUAGCUAAAUAGUUUUACAUAUAUUCUCUCAUCAGAUUUGUGGUCUAACAGAGGUAGAAAAUGGAAAUUUUCCCAGUACUUAGAAAUAUGGCACUUAGGAAGAAGUCUGGCAUGUGAGUUACAUAUACACUUACCCUAGUGACUAUGAUAAUCAAGGGGGCAGAUAGCAGAGGAAUAUAAGUUAACAUUAAAUUUGACAGAUUUUAUUACUUUGCCAAAAUUAGCAAAACAAAAAUACUCACCUUCCCCCGCUUAUCCCCCAGCUUUUUAUAAAUAUUCUAUUCAGCUACAAAACAAAAUACUGGACCCACUUCUUUCAGGAGAUGAAGAUACCUUAUAUACCCUAAGGUUAAUACCAGCAGUCAUAUUUUAUCAGAACUCUUCUUGAUGUAAGCUCUUAAUGUUAUACUAAGGCAAUUUCUUAGGCUGUGAGACUUCUUUGUGGUACUUGUUUUGUGUAAAAGGUAAAUUUUGGGGAGAAAGCAAUGUGUUUGACAGAACUUGGUCUGUUGUUUUUGGCAUACUGUUUAUGUUAGAUAUCCUGUGUUAUAACACAGUAUUAAGAAGAUCUGGAUUGUAUUUUGGAAUUUGCUUUCGUUUCAGAAUUAUUCCUCUGGCUAGCAGUGGAAACAACAACAAAACGCAAAGGAACCCUUUGCAGAAGAUUCCUUUGUAAAUGGCUCUGUGGCAUGCCCAGUAUCUGCAGUGUUCUAGAAUAGGAGUUGCCAAAACUCCCUGUUUGCUAAGGCUGCAGAGUUGAACAUGUCCAUAAAUGUAUAGAAUCUGACCCUGUUUUUCAGCCCUGUUUCUGGACACUGUAGCUGACCAAGAAAAUGUUUAAAUGUUCAGAUCACUUAAAUUGUUUUGUUGUAUCAUUCUGGAGUUGUAAUAUGUAUAGUGGCAGGGAAUUCCAAGCUAUAGAAAAAACAUGAAUAUAGAAUGACAGAGUAUGUCAUCUUCAGAUGUGUAUUAAUACAUUUCUUGAUAAUGAGACCAAUAUUUCUAAGUUAAUGGAACUGUUUUAUUACAACUGAUAAUCACAGUUCACUUAUUGUAUGUUGCAGAAUUAUCUACCUGUUUCAAACUGUAAAUGAAAAUAACUGUGGUAAAAAAAAGAUACAGUACUGAUAAACACACUGCUUUGUUUUUAUCUCACCUCUUUUUUAAGGAUAGGAUUUUGUAAGAGGCAAUUAGAUCUCUUUUGCUUUUCAGGACUUCUGUAUUUUUUUUUUUUAACCUAGUAUGAAUCUUAUUUUAUCUAUUCAACUUUGUUCAACUUAACUAAAGAUAUAAUGGUUAAUAUAGUAGCCUUUGUGUAUUCUUUAUUAGGAAUGUCACCUUGACUGUUUAACAGUCAAGUUCAAAAAGAACUGUUGGAAAAAGUUGCUGUUUCUCAAAUCUUAAAAUGUAGUUAAUAGCACAAUUUAAAUAUGCAUUACCAUGUGGUUAGUUGGCAAAAAUAAUUUCAUUCAGUCAAAUCAGUGUUAGCAUGGCCACUCCCAAACUGCCCUUUAUAGUAGGUGACUUUAAGAUUUCUCUAGUUUAACUUCUGGCAAGACUUUUAAGAAUCGCAAUACCCAAGAAUUUUUCUACUAUCGGUUAACCUUAGUCUAUCCAAAUUUACUUGGAACUGAAUAGAUAUAAGCAGCAGGUGAUACUUGUAUAAAGAAUUUCAGUGUCUUAUUAUCAAAUUAGUCAUGGGUGAGUAAAAGUUAAUAUAACAUUAUGUAAACAAUUAAAUAGCUUUUACUUCUAGACCAGGGGUUCCAAACUCCCAACUGGUAGUGAUCAUGGCCUGUUAGGAACCAGGAUGCAUAGCAGGAGGUGAGCAGCAGGUGAGCAAGUGAAGCUUCAUCUCUUUUACAGCCACUCCCUGUUGCUGGCAUUACUGCCUGAACUCCACCUCCUGUAAGAUCAACAGCAACAUUAGAUUCUCAUUGGAACACUAACCCUGCUGUGCAUUAUGCAUGUGAGUGAUCUGUCUCGCAUGCUCCGUACAAGAAUCUAAUGCUUGAUAUUCUGUCCCCCCAAAUGGGACUGUCUAGUUGCAGGAAAACAAGCUCAGGGGUCCCACUGAUUCUAUAUUAUGGUGAGUUGUAUAAUUGUUUUAUUAUGUAUUACAAUGUCAUAAUAGAAAUAAAGUGGAAAAUAAAUAUUA